AUGGCGACCGACAACAUCAAGCCCAAGCUGCUGUGGAACUCGGAGAACGUUAAAGACGUGGCCGAGUCGGUCGGCAUCAGCAACCUCAACGAGGAGAGCCUCAAGGCGCUGACGCAGGAUGUCGAGUACCGCGUCGGCCAGGUCAUCAUCGAGGCCCUGCGCCUCAUGCGUGCCGCCCGCAGGACCACAAUGACCGUCACCGACGUCGCCCUCGCCCUCAAGGUCCUCGACGUCGAGCCGCUCUUUGGCUACGACUCGACACGCCCUCUGCGUUACGGCGAGGCCAGCCUGGGGCCGGGCCAGCCGCUGUUCUACAUUGAGGACGAGGAGAUUGACUUCGAGAAGCUCAUCAACGCGCCCCUUCCCAAGGUCCCGCGCGACAUGAACUUUACGGCACACUGGCUUGCCAUCGAAGGCGUCCAGCCCUCGAUACCCCAAAACCCAACGACGGUCGAGUCUCGAUCCCAAGACCUUUUGCCCAAGGGCCCUGGCACCAACCCGUCCCUAAAUGCGCUCGCCGGUAACGACAACCUCUCGGUCAAACCCUCAGUCAAGCACAUUGUGAGCAAGGAGCUCAUCCUGUACUUUGACAAGAUCCAGGCUGCUAUUCUCGAUGACAACCCUGACGAGGAGGUGGUGCGCCUGCGACAGGCCGCGCUGGGCUCCGUGAGGGACGAUCCGGGCCUGCACCAACUUAUCCCCUACUUCAUCAACUUCAUCAUGGAUCGCGUCACGCACCACCUCGACGAUACCUUUACCCUCAAGCAAAUGAUGGAGCUGACACACGCCCUCAUCGAAAACAAGAGCCUCUUCCUUGACCCGAAGCUGGGCACCGACGACGGCACCGACGUCCUCCGGGAGCAGUACGAGCUGCGCCAGCUGGCCGCCUCGCUCGUCGGCCGCAUCGCCCGCAAAUACGCCGCCUCUAACACCCUCCUACGCCCCAAGCUGACGCGUACGUGCCUCAAGUACUUUUUGGACCCGACGAAGCCUUUGGCAGUGCUGUACGGCGCCCUUUACGGCCUGCUCGAGGCCGGCGGGCCCGAGGCCAUCCGCGUGCUGGUGCUGCGGAACCUCAAGGUCUUCGACUCGGGCAUCCUGCAACCCCUCAAGGACAAGUCGGACGGGAGCAUCGACUACGAAAUGCUCGUGCAGGGGCUCGUACAAGCAGUGGCGUCGCUGGCCCAACGCGGCGAGGGCGACUCUGCUACCAACGGGGUGGGCAGCAGGGCCUCGGACGUUGAGGCCGCCGAACUCAUUGAGUUUAUCGGUCCCACCGUCGGCCAGAGGAUCGCCUCGUCAACGAAUAAUCGGGGUCUGAUCAGGACGAUCCUGGACGCUCGGCUUCUAGAAUGA